AUGGUAAAUCCACAUACAGGACUCAAUCUUCUGACAGUGGCUUGUUCACAUAGAUACGAUGAGAUUGUUGAAAAUCUUUUGAAACAUAAUGCGGAUGUGAAUCUGAUAAUACCAUAUGAGACUUGGAUAUUAAUUAAUCAGUCGUAUUUUAAUAACAAACAUGCAUGGUCCAGAGACUAUGGUAUUAGUCUGGAUGGUAAUUCACUACUUCAUAAAAUGAUAGAAAAUAAAUACGAUCCAGAAUGUAUAAAAAUGUUGUUGAAACUCAACUUCCCGGUUAACAUCUUAAACCGCAACGGACUCACACCACUUCUUCUUGCCUGCAAAACGUAUUCAGCAAAUCAAUUGAAGACCAUUGAAAUACUUUUACAAUAUAAUGCUGAUGUUAAUUCUCCUGAUAAUAACUUUAUGACACCUUUGCACAUUGGAUGUGGAGAUGAAAAUCGGAAACAAUUACAAACUUUUUCGGAAAAUGGAGUUGAUCACUUUGAUAUAAAUCCUGAAGCUGUAAAUAAGAGUGGUUGGACACCACUUUUUGUAGCUUGUAGCUUUGGAGAUAUUGCAGCAGUUAAAUGUCUUUUAGAAAAUCAUGCUAAUCCAAUUGUAACGGAUCGGGAUGGUGAAACAGCUCUUCACUUUAUUUGUGCAUCGCAAUCUGAAACAGCUCUCCAAAUAAUACAAUUAUUGCUAAAACAUAAUGCAAAUAUUGAAGCUCUCAAUAAGAGUGGUUGGACACCACUUUUUAUGGCACGCCGUUUGACUAUUUAA